UCAAGAAGUUAAACCAUGUGCUCACUGCACUGCUAGCACUUUAUACCAGUCAUGGCCUCUGAUUCUAUACAUGUAACCUCAAGGUUUCGACGGCCUGGAAUCAAGGCUACUGAUUCUAGUUCUAAGUCCAGUUCUGGAGGCUAUGACUACAAGUUUGUGGAGGAGCCCUCUGAUGACCUCAAGUGUCUGAUUUGCCUGUGUGUGGCCAGGGACCCUCAACAACAUGGGGACGGGGGCUGUGGGAAAAUCUACUGUAGAAGCUGUAUCGACCAGUAUAAGAUGAAUGAUGACAAGUGCCCAAACUGUCGAAAAGUUAUGACUACCUUCAAAGAUGAAAGGAGCAAUAGGGACAUCCAGUCAUUGAGAGUUAAAUGCAUCAAUCUUAAGGAUGGCUGUCAGUGGGUGGGUGAGCUACGACAUGUGGACGAGCAUCUCAAGACAUGUGACUAUGUCAAGCUGCCCUGCCCUAAUGAAUGUACGUGCAAGGGACGUGGAGUCUUUGAAAAAGCAACACAAUUGUUUCGUAAAGACCUCCAAAAGCACCUUGAGGACAGGUGUCCACGUCGUCAGUACAGCUGUCCCCACUGCCAGAAGAAUGGUAAAUACAAACAUAUCACUGGAGAUCAUACUGAGGACUGUCCCAAGAUGAUCAUUGAGUGUUCCAAUGCUUUUCACUGCAAGACAACGUUUCCAAGAGAAAAUGAACGCGCCCAUCUCUCCACCUGCCAGUAUCAGAACGUAGCCUGCAAAUACAGUGAGUUUGGGUGUAAAAAGAGGCCAUUUCGAAAAGAUCUCCAAGAACACGAGAACGACGACAAUGCACACCUCCGUAUUGCCAUGCCAACGAUGCUGAUGACAACGAUGCUGACGCUAAAAAAACAAUGCAUGCUAAAUACACAGUUACAUUGUUCUAACAUGAAGGAUCAGCUAGGCCUUAUUGAGAUAUUCAAGAUGCCCUCUUUUAAAGAAAAAAAAAGAAAACAAUAACGAAUUUUUCAGCAAUCCAUUCUAUACCCACCCCAGAGGAUACAAAAUGGUUAUCAACAUUGAUGCAAAUGGCUACGAUGAGUACGAAGGCACUGAUGUCUCAGUGUGGGUUUAUCUAAUGAGGGGAGAAUACGAUGAUCAACUCGAGUUCCCAUUCAAAGGCACUAUCAAGUUUGAGCUACUCAAUCAGCUGGAAGACAAGAACCAUCACUGUGAGUCAUACACACAUGAUGGCACACAAAAGAGUAGCAAGAGAGUAAUUGAUGGAGAGAUGUCUAGCCGAGCAAGUGGUGUGGAUGCAUUCAUCCCUCACGAAGAUCUAGAACACAAUGCCACCAAGAACUGUCAGUACCUCCAGGAUGACUGUCUAGUGUUUCGAAUCUCCAUUGAUGUACCAUCCUACAAGCCAUGGCUACAAUGCACCAACACUAACUAGCUAGCUAAUAAAUGCACACUAUAUACUAGUAUAAGAGUACCUAUCUAGUUUGUUUGAAGGCUGAAUACAGAUAACGUGUAUCUCACAGUUGAAUUUUUUGUGCGUAAUAGUGAU